AUGCCUGAUACGCGUGGGGAAGCUGAGCCCAAUCGUGAGGAACCCCAAGAGCAGGUGGACGCAGAGGACAGUUCUGUGUCCGGGGAAUCCGAGGCGGAACACCUGCCUCCUGACUUGGGUCCCAUCAAACGUGUGCCAUUUGUAGGCUGCAGCCCUGACGAGCUCCGGGUGCACAGGCUGUCAGGUAUAGUGCGCAGACUGAAAGGCGUGGACUUCUUUUGGUGCGGAAGGCCGGCAACUGGACGGUACCGGGAUUUCGCAGUGGAUGAUCAAGACGAGCCAGAGACCUGCGUACAGUGUAGGCCCGAAGCUGGAAGUGAGUUUGCCAUGUCAUCUGCCUCCUUGGACAGUGAAGCUUCCUUUGAAGAUCGAUGCAGAAAGAUUGGCUUCAGUGAAGACUUACUGAAGUCUCUAGUGUCUGCUGGAUACAACACCUUUGGAAAGGUGUCGUUUGCCGCUGCCUCCACUCCGCAAAACUUAACGGACUCAGCAUUGGAUGAAUGGCUGAAGUCUGUGGUGGAUCCUCUGCCGUCGGCAUUUCAGAUUGCGUGUGUCAGAAGGCUCCUUUAUGAGUCGCAGUUGAUGCAUGUUGCUGAUUUAAAAAGUAGAGUGGAGGGAGCUUCGGAGGAGAAGGUGCGGAAGCUCCCCGUUGCUGAGCGCAAUGCCCGGGUUGAGGAGCAGCAUAAGCGGUUGACCGGCCUCGUCCAUACUCCUCAGUAUGUUCCCAUGAAUCGCUGGACGUCAAGGGCCCAAGAGUUAUCGCUGGCAAAGAAGGACCCUUUGGUUCAGGUUGACUCAGAAGGUGCCAUCAAAGUUGGAGCUAAGUCCCCAGAGGCUACAUGUGACAUCGGGGGGGCAUACGCGCUUCGGCAAGCCUUCCUUAGAAGGUCGCUCGCCUUUGACCUUGGUCAUCUGGCAUCCUUCUCAGUGAUGGAAACAUACGUGUCGAUGUUGUUCGAGCAUCUUCAGCGCCCGGUUCCGAAAGGAUACUCCUCAGUGACGCUGGGCCAAGUGCUGGCUGCGGAUAAGGAAUUAUUUGUGCGAGCAGCGCAUGAGCUAGAUGGCAAACUGCAAAGCCCCGCCGGGGUCAUCCAAUUUCUGCUCCCAAUGCCGUUGCCGCCGCCGCCGCCUCAUCCGGUCAAGCGUCCUCAUGCAGCGACCGAGGGUGCCGCUGAUCAGG